UUUAUCUCCUACCUCUUUCUCUUAUCCAACUAAAAUCCCUCUCUCCUCUCCUCUCCCUCCCUCGCCUUCUCACUGUAGAAAUUGUGAUUACCCCCAAGCCGCCAAGAUUAGAGAGCCUUUGCUAGACAAUCCUCCGGUCGCCGACCGGAGGGCCGAAGAUAAUGCCCUCCCCGCACCUCCGAUCAAAGUUGAUCCGCCAAAGAGGCCCAAGAGGAACAAGUAUGCGCUCGCUUGUGCUAUUCUGGCCUCCAUGACUUCAAUCCUGAUGGGUUAUGAUAUUGGAGUGAUGAGCGGAGCUUCACUCUACAUCGAAAAGGACCUCAAGGUCACGGACACACAAAUCGAGAUCCUGUUGGGUAUUCUGGAAAUCUACUCCCUCAUUGGGUCCGCCAUGGCCGGAAAAACUUCCGACUGGGUCGGCCGCCGCUACACCAUAGUCAUCUCCGGAGCGAUUUUCUUCGUCGGAGCGAUUCUCAUGGGGCUCUCCACCAACUACACCUUCCUCAUGUGCGGCCGCUUUGUCGCCGGCAUCGGAGUCGGCUACGCCCUCACGAUUGCUCCCGUCUACAGCGCCGAGGUCGCUCCGGCGUCGUCUCGCGGCUUCCUCACGUCUUUCCCAGAGGUGUUUGUCAAUAUUGGCAUAGUAUUGGGGUAUUUAUCCAACUAUGCCUUCUCCUUUUGCCCUCUUGACUUGGGGUGGAGGCUCAUGCUCGGUGUUGGCGCAAUUCCCUCUGUUGGUCUUGCCGUCGGUGUCUUGGCAAUGCCUGAGUCGCCUCGGUGGCUCGUCAUGCAGGGUCGACUUGGCGAAGCCAAGCAAGUCCUGGACAGAACCUCAGACUCCAAAGAAGAGUCCAUGCUCAGACUAGCCGACAUCAAAGAAGCUGCUGGAAUCCCCGAGGAGUGCAAUGAUGAUAUCGUUCAGGUCUCUGGUCACAGCCACGGUGAAGGCGUGUGGAAGGAAUUGUUUGUUCGUCCGACACCAACCGUUCGUCAUAUUGUAAUUGCAGCCCUCGGUUUCCACUUCUUUCAGCAAGCCUCAGGUAUAGACGCCCUUGUUUUGUACAGUCCAAGAGUCUUUGAAAAGGCUGGGAUCACCAACUCAGACCAAUUGCUACUCUGCACCGUGGGAGUUGGACUUUCCAAAACUGUCUUCACCUUAGUCGCUACUUUUUUCCUUGAUCGGGUUGGACGGCGUCCACUACUGUUAACGAGUAUGGCUGGUAUGGUAGGCUCCCUGGUGUGUCUUGGUACAAGCCUUACCAUUGUUGAUCAACACGAAGGGGUUAGAAUGACGUGGGCAGUUGUUUUGUGCUUGUGCUGCGUAUUAGCCUAUGUCGGGUUCUUCUCAAUUGGGAUUGGGCCUAUUGCCUGGGUCUACAGCUCUGAGAUCUUCCCGUUGAGGCUGCGGGCUCAAGGGUGUGGUAUGGGAGUGGCCGUGAAUAGGUUGAUGAGUGGCAUCCUCUCAAUGACCUUCAUUACGUUGUAUAAGGCCAUCACAAUGGGUGGUACCUUCUUUCUUUAUGCGGCCAUCGGCAUUGUUGGUUGGAUCUUCUUUUUUACUAUGCUCCCGGAAACACAAGGCAGAACCCUUGAAGAUAUGGAGGUCUUGUUCGGUAAGUUCCACAAGUGGAGAAAAGCCAAUAAACUGCUCGAAAAGAAAAAGCAAGUUGCUCAUGGUGAUGGUGGCACAAGUGAUCCGGACAACAGGGCGCACCUCUUAGCUUAGUGAGUGAAUUUAAACAAGUACUAGAACUACGGAACAUCUCUUGAAUUUAAACAAAUUUAUUGUACGCACCCGUUAUAUUAAGGGUGAUUCCGCCCACUGGAUCCUAAUUUUGGAGGUUCAGUGGUCGGACACAACGGAACAGUUUACUAUCCUAGGAACUGCCUAUCCGAUGAUAAAAAAUUGCUCGUCUUAAUUUGGUGACAAAGGAUGGAUGAUUUUCGAGCCCGGAAACGAGGAAGGAGCUUCUAUCCAAUGAAGAACACCAAGCUAAGAUGAAGUUAGGUAUGUAUUGUACAAGUUUGUUGGUCGGAGUAUCUUUCUUUCAGUAUUUGCCGUACCUUUUAUUUGUUUGUGAUACAUUGGCACCCAACUACCGGAGAAUAUUGUUUGGUGUUGAGUUUAAUAAAAAAUCUCCUAUUGAAAAACUUA